AUGACAGAUAAGAAAUUGAUUUCAUCUUCUUCUUCAACUACAUCGAUUUACGAUACUACUGAGUUCUCUGAGGUUUUAGUAGCCUCUUGCGUUGGAUCAAGCUCCGCAGCAGCAGCGUGUUAUGGUUUCUCCGGAGGUUGUGGUAAUAACAUUGCUCAAGGUAACAUCUCAGGGACUCGUGUUUCGUCUUCUUCAGUUGGAGUUAGUGGGAAUGAGACCGACGAGUAUGACUGUGAAAGCGAGGAAGGAGUAGAAGCUGUAGUUGAUGAUGAACUUCCUUCCAAGUCUCGUAGCUCAUCGAAGAGAUGCAGAGCUGCUGAAGUUCAUAAUUUGUCUGAAAAGAGAAGAAGAUGUAGAAUCAAUGAAAAAAUGAAAGCUUUACAAAGUCUGAUACCUAAUUCAAAUAAGACGGAUAAGGCUUCAAUGCUUGAUGAAGCCAUAGAGUAUCUGAAACAGCUUCAGCUUCAAGUUCAGAUGUUGACAAUGAGGAAUGGGAUAAACUUACAUCCUCUGUGUUUACCUGGAACUACAUUACACCCAUUGCAACUCUCUCAGCUCCGACGUGGGGUGGUUCCUCAAGAAGCAACCAAUCAUUCUCUGCUUAAUCACACCAAUCAAUUUUCUUCCACUUCUAAUGCACCAGCAAUGAUCAACACUGAGGCUUCUUCAUACGCGUUGGAACCUUCUAUUCGUAGUCACUUUGGACCUUUCCCUCUCCUUACUUCACCUGCGGAGAUUAGUGGUGAAGGCGGGUUAACUCAUUCAAGGUUGAACAUUGGUCAUUCCAAGACAAACUUAACCGGGGGACAAGCUGCAUUUAACGGGCAACAAACGGAGAUAAAAGAUGGGCUUAGUUGA